UUUGCGCUUCUAUAUAUAAAAAAAUAAAUAACAGCAGAAUGUACCCCUCUCGAAACCACAUAACUUUUAUUCGAAACAUUUUUUAAUAUUUUCGAAAACAAGAGUGAGUAUAUGAGAUAAUACUAUACGGACACACGGUAUAAUAUAUCAUGUAAUUGGUUAUUAAAAACAAUCGAGAUAUUUCAAACAUUAAAAACAGAGUGUUCAGUGGAUUGUUGAAUUCUUAAAAAAUUAAAAAAAUGAUAAAAAGUGGAUCAAAAAUGACAGCUUUCAUCUAAAUUUAUUUAAAUUGUGAUAAAAAAGCUUUAAAGUGAAAACGCUAAGAGAAAUGGUAAAAAUAAGCAUGAGAUCAUGUUAAAUAUAUGAUAAAUGUGAAAAAACUCCUUUUAACUUAUGUGUCUCCUAAUACAAAAUCGAAUUUUUGGCUAAAAGUUUCAUUCGUUCGAAAUUCAUUUGGACAUUUUCAAGAAUUUCAUGUCAUUUUUAAUAAUUUCUUUACUUUUCUUAUUAUAUAAAAAUAUAUUUACGAUAUAUAACCAUAAUAAAAGAUUUUGUGUUGACGAGAAGUUCAAUAAAUAAAAAACUCAUUUAAAUAUUACAACAUUAUAUUUAUUUAGUUAAUAUAUUACAAUAGAAUCUAUAUUUUUUAUUAGAAAAAUAUAAAAUUUCUCAAUAUUUUAUGACUAAUUUGAUAUGAUAAUACUGAUUUAAAUUUAUUUAAUCAUCUUUUUAUUAUAUAUCUAGUGUUUUUAUUGUGAAUACGUUGGUAAUUUCAGUAAUAGUUUUUGAUCUUUAUUUAUAUUUACGUUUUAAAAUAUAUGAGGAUGAAAAAUAUAUUAUAAUAAAAAUUUGUUAAGCAAAUAAAUGAUAUUAUUGUAUUAAAGUUAUAAAACUUUAAUAUAGAAGUGUUUUUACUUUCAAUAUCAACUCGAUAUUUAAUAAUAUAAUAAUUGUAAACCGUUUGAGGUUAUAAAGGUUAAAAAGUAAAAAAAUAUUUAAAUAUUUUCACAAUAAAAUAUAUAUAUAAUAAAGUAAAAUUUAAUAAUCAUCGUAGAAAUGCAAGCUUAUAAAAAUAUCACGAAACUAUUAACGCCAUAUUCUAUAUUUAAAUCGGCACCAGCAGUUGGAGUAAAAUCAUUUAAACCAGUAUCUAAAAUGGAUGUUGAAUAUCCUGAACGUAAUAGGCUUAGAGUUGUAUUAAGAGUACCUCAGUAUUUAGCUUCUACAAGACCUUACAAAAUGCAGAAAAAAUUGAGAUUAAUGCGCGGUGCAGAAUCAUUUCAUAAUACUCUUUUGCAUAGACAGUAUGGUAUAAUAGCAACUGGUGGUGGUAGAAUGAAAUUUAAUCACUUUGAAAUGAUCCGUAUGGCAAUUUUAAGAAAUGUAGAUUAUAAUAAAGUGUUUGCAAUAUGGAGAGUGCCUAGCCCUUGGCAACCAAUAAGUAAAAAGAGUCAUGGAUCACGAAUGGGUUCCGGUAAAGGAAGUAUAGAUCAUUACGCCACUCCGGUAAGAGCGAAACAAGUUAUUGUAGAAGUUGGAGGAAAUAUUCAAUAUUUCGAGGUUAAAAAUAUCUUAACGAAUAUUGCGAAAAGGCUGCCAUUUGACGCUAUGGCUGUUAGUCAAGAAAUUAUGGAUAAAAUGGAAACGGAAAAGAAAAAACUAGAAGAAGAAAAUCAAAACCCAUGGACUUGGAAAUACAUAAUUCAAAAUAAUAUGCUCGGUUGCAGAAACUGGAUCUCGAAAUACGACAGAAAAUGGUUUAACGAGUAUAUUUAAUUUAAAAUGUAUAAAUAAAUAUGAAUAAUUAAUUAUAUGAAAAAACAAAUAAAUGCUCUUAAUAUAUGA